AUGGUUCCUGCACCUCCAACCCAGGUGGCUGUGUAUUUCACUGUGGCAGAAUGGGACCUGCUGGAUCCAGACCAAAGAGCUCUCUACAGAGAAGUCAUGCGGGAGAACUAUCGGAGUGUGGUUUCUCUGGGUGCUAAUGGAAGCACUCUUUUUAUUCCAGCAGAGGAUGUUCAGAAGAAUGAGGAGGGUGAGCAACUUCAACAGCAGUCACCAGAUGAUGAAAAAAAGGAGGACAUGAAAGGAAACUUCAGGAAUCAAGUCAGACUGAAGAGGCAGAAAGGCAGCCAGAUGCUCAAGAAGAGAGAAAAACCUGUUCCUUGCCAAGGGGGGGAUUUCCAAAAAGUCAUUCACAUCAGGAAAGAACCAUACAGUUGCUCAAAAUAUAGAAUGAACAUUUCAGAUAAAACCCAAUACAAAGUCCAUUCCCAUGGAACAAGAUUUAUUUUGAGUGGCACUCUUCAGAACCAUCAAAAAAUCCACAGAAUGGAGAAACCUUUUGAACGGUUGGAAGGUAAAAAGAAAUUUAAUAUGGGUGCCCAUCCUCUGCAGCACCAGCGAACCCACAUGGGGGAGAAAUCUUUUAGAUACUCAGGGCGUGGGAAGAGAUUUAGUCGGAAUAGCAGUCUUCGGCUGCAUCAAAGAACCCGAACAGGGGAGAAACCUUUUGAGUGCUCCGAGUGUGGGAAAAGAUUCAAUCACAAUAGCAGUCUUCGACAGCAUCGAAGAACCCACACAGGGGAGAAACCUUUUGAGUGUUCAGAGUGUGGGAAGAGUUUCAAUCGUAGUAGCAAACUUCAGUGGCACCAGAGAACCCACACGGGGGAAAAACCUUUUGAAUGCUCAGAGUGUGGGAAAAGAUUUAGUCUGAGUGGCACUCUUCAACAGCAUCAAAGAACCCACACAGGGGAGAAACCUUUUGAGUGCUCAGAGUGCGGGAAAAGAUUCAGUCACAAUAGCAAUCUUCGACAGCAUCAAAGAACCCACACAGGGGAGAAACCUUUUGAGUGUUCAGAGUGCGGGAAAAGAUUCAGUCAGAGUAGCAAUCUUCAGUUGCAUCAAAGAACCCACACAGGGGAGAAACCUUUUGAGUGUUCAGAGUGUGGGAAGAGUUUCAUCCACAGUAGCAGACUUCAGCAGCACCAGAGGACCCACACAGGGGAGAAACCUUUUGAGUGCUCAGAGUGUGGGAAGAGAUUCAGUCAGAGUAGCAAUCUUCAGUUGCAUCAAAGAACCCACACAGGGGAGAAACCUUUUGAGUGUUCAGAGUGUGGGAAGAGUUUCAUCCACAGUAGCAGUCUUCAGCGGCACCAGACAACCCACACAGGGGAGAAACCUUUUAAAUGUUCAGACUGUGGAAAGAGCUACAGUAACAAAAGCACUCUUCAGUUGCAUCAAAGAACCCACACAGGGGAGAAACCUUUUGAGUGUUCAGAGUGUGGGAAGAGUUUCAUCGACAGUAGCAGACUUCAGCGGCACCAGAAAACCCACACAGGGGAGAAACCUUUUGAGUGCUCAGAGUGCGGGAAGAGAUUCAGUCGUCGUGGCAGUCUUCAGCGGCAUCAAAGAACCCACACAAAGGAGAAACUUUUUGAAUGUUCAGAGUGUGGAAAGAGAUUCAGUCAUGGUAGCAAUCUUCAACAGCAUCAAAGAACCCACACAGGGAAGAAACCUUUUCAGUGCUCAGAGUGCGGAAAGAGAUUCAGUCAGAGUAGCAAGCUUCAGGAUCAUUUAAGAACCCAUACAGGAGAGAAACCAUUUGAAUGUUCAGAGUGUGGAAAGAGAUUCAGUCAAAGUAGAACUCUUCAACUGCAUCACAGAACCCACACGGGUGAGAAACCUUUUGAGUGCUCAGACUGUGGAAAAAGAUUUGGUCUUAAAGGAAAUCUUCAACAGCAUCGAAGAAUCCACACUGGGGAGAAAACUUUUGACUGCUUGGAGUGUGGGAAGAGAUUCAGUAACAGUAGCAAGCUUCAGCGGCACCAGAGAACCCACACAGGGGAAAAACUUUUGAGUGCUCAGAUUGUAAAAAGAGAUUAA